AUGAGCGCCCCUCCUCCGCCCCCGCCCCAUGGCGAGGCACCCAAGACCACCGCCGGGUCUCCCCCUCCCGGCGCUGGCUUGGGUGCCGGCAAUUAUGACAUCUUUGUCAUUCCCCAGCGCGACAAGGGCGGAGGCUUCAUCUACUUGCCCUCUCUAGCCCCUAACGGUCCCAGCUUCGCUGCUGGCUUCGCAUGCGCUCUCGUCCUCGUCGUCGUCUUCCAGAGCAUGGCCCCGGCCUUUAGGGCAUGGUGGGGGACCUACCAGGGCAUGGGCAACAUGGGCAUGACCCUCCUCGUAAUAGCCGUCGGCGUGGGAGCCUGGGCAUGGGGAAAAUCGCAAAGCCAGGGCUCUUCCUCGGGCAACGGCCACAAUGCCAACUACCGCUCUGGUCCUGGUGGUUACGGUGCAGGUGCCAACUUCGGCGGCGGCUAUGCAAACGCCGGCCCGCCGCCGCCUCCCCCGCCUCAUGGCAACCAAUAUGCCGGCGCCCCUCCAAACUCCCCGCCGCCGAACCAUGGGCCGGGAAACGGCGGUCCUAGACCACAAUGGCAAGAACGACCGCAGCCUCCACCUUCUCAGGAACCUGAAACUGAACCUGACCCAGAGCCGGAACCGCGCAAGCCAGACCCUCCCCCGAAACCAAAGCCUGAUCCGUCCAAGGGCGCCUGGGAGAAGGCCCGGGAGGAGACGAAGAAGCGCGAGCAGGAGCGCAAAGCGAAGGAGGAGGAAGAGCGCCGGAAAGCGGAAACGGCACGGAAGCUCAAGGAAUUUCGCGAGAGAGAGGCUCGCGAACGUGCGAGGCGGGACAAAGAGGAACGAGAGAGAAGGGAGAAACUUGAGCAGGAGAUCCGUGAGAAGGAGGAUCUCAAACAGAAGCUUGAAAAAGAGCGUCAGGAGAAGGAGAAGCUGCAGCCGGAUCGUAAGGCCAAGGAAGAAGCGGUUCGGAAAGCCAAGGAAGCCGAGGCGACCGAGAAGGCUCGCAAGGGAAGUAGCUACGCAUACUCGUCGGUCGGUGAGAAGACGUGUAUGUGGCCCAAUGGCCGUCCCCCUGUUUCUCCCACGACGACGGCCUCGACGCCGCCGAAACCACCUCCCUCUGCUUCGCCACCGCCACGCCCAUCGGCACGAACAGUCGACGAAGAUCAAUACUCGUACCGGCCAUACGACAAGCCGAAACACAAGCCCGCGUCCUCAGUCGGCUCCGAAACGUCAUGGGCCCCGUCGGCCACCACAACAAGAACGACGCCACCGCCUAGCAUGCGCGGGCCGUACACGACGAAAGAUCCGGACAAGAUUGUCAUCAAGGCCGUCUACCUGUUCAUGAACCAGUUUGCCAAGACGCCGGCCAGUCAGCUCGUGUCAGGGUUCGGUACAGUAACGGACGGCCUCAUCCUGCGAAUCACGACGGAAGGCCUCUUCAUCGACGACGACGUCCGCGGCGUCCCGCAGCGCGAGUGGGACGUUAAAGCCUGGACGCUAAAGCUGGUCGAGGUAUGGUGCCCCCCGCACUGCUUGAAUUCCAAUACUACUCCUGCUCCUGCCCCUGCGACUUCUGCGAAUCACCACCAUACGAAUUUGUUUCAAAAAAUGGCGAAUCAGCGAGCCCGUACGGCGGACAGAGGUGCUACGAAGCCGCUCACGGGCGAUGAAGCCGAUGCCUACCUGUCCGAAAUGUUGCGUGCUUGCAAGAGUUGUUGCCAUCUUGGCUUGUGCGACACGAGGUUCAAAGAUACUAACGUGGCAUCGCCAACCGGACAGACCGGGGAGUGGAAGAACAAGAGCCUGCAUGUUCUGCGCGCGACGAUUCGCGAUCAGGAGGGCAAGCGGUACAUGUUCGUAUUGGACGAGGAAGAAGCCUGGAAGAUGGCCGUGGGCGUGCAGCGGUUGCGCAAGGGCACCCAGGUACGCUCGCUAAGUGUUAGCGGAAUGAGUGCCUCUGACGCCCGGGGUACGCUCGAGACUCUGGGCUGGUCAUGA